AUGGCAUAUUUUGACCCAGUUAUCGUGCUCUUUGGUUCAAGUAAAAGUAUUUCAACAAUAAAUUUACGACUUCCAGUUUCAUUUGUAUUCGCUAUUGAUGAAACAUCACUUGAAGAACUCGUUACCGUCGAUCCACCAUUGGCUAGUACAACUUUACGACGAUAUUUUAUAAUUCUUCUUGAAUCGAUUAGCAAUGAUGUAUUUGAACGUCUACAAACUAAUCAUCGUGUUCAAAUCAUAUAUAGUAGAGACAUGUUGACAUAUGUAUCAAGUCAUUCAAAAUUACCUCGUAUUAUAAAUAAACAAUCACAACAAUUUACACUUGAUUUAACAGCAGAUAUCGUACAUUUUUUUACAAUUGAAGGUGAAAAACAAGAAAAAUUAGAACGAUUAAAUUUAGUUCGACUAUACUAUCGUCAAGCACGAUUGUUAAAAGAAUGGGCUAUGUCAUUUGCCAAAGCUGAACCAUGUCAUAUUUUGCUCAUUCCAUUGAACACUAAUCAAAAGAAUUUGAACAAUGCUCAAGAACGAUUACAAAAACUUUGUACUAAACUAAAUUAUCCGUCUGUGAUCAUUCGAACAUUUGAUAAUUAUAUUCCUUCGAUGGACGAACAAAGUUCAUGUCUUCUUCCAUAUUCUCAAGUAUUAUUUCAUCAUGAACAUCCACAAUAUAUUUGUGAAUUAAUUAAAAAAUUAUCACCAUUACGAUUAUAUUUAUAUGGUAAUGAAGAAUUUAUUUUAAGUGAAUGGAGUAAUUUAAUGAUUAAUAGUGAAACUCAUGUCAUGGAAGAUGAAGAUAAUUGGUGUGCAUUUAUUGAAAAUGAAUAUAUUGAUGAUGAAAUGAAAUGGAAUAUUGGACCUAAAUUUGGAACAAAAUGGCAAAUUAAACGAAUAGCACCAAUUAAUUUAUCUGAAUUAGAUAAAAAUCUUCGAUUUCAAUCAGCUCUUCAUCGAGCAUUUAAAACAUUAAAUCAUCGUCAAAUUGAAAUAACAGCAGAAAUAUUUGAUUGGUAUGAUAGAUGUAUUCGCGAAAGAUAUCUACAAUUAGAGCCUAAAGUAUCUAUUCAACAAAAAGAAAAACCUCGAGAAACAAAUAUUUCAAAUUUAUCGAGAUGUAUUAUUCGAAAUCCAUCAUCAUUUGAUUAUCAUCAUACUUCUGAAUCUAAAGGAAUAUCAUUUAUUUGGCUUGAUGAAAUUAUAAAUUCAUUAGAUAAUAAUCUUAAUCAAAUAAUUGAACCAUAUCAUUGGUAUUUUUUUAAUAAUGUAACACAAUGUAUACCAUAUAUUGAAAAUCAAUUACGUCAACAAAAUGAAAUAUUUCUUGUUGUAUCUGGUUCUUUAGGUUAUGAAUUAUUUCUUACAGCUUAUCGUUUAAUGUCAGCUAUUCGAUUUGUUUAUAUUUAUUGUUCUCGACUUGGUCUACAUGAAAAUUGGAUAAAAUAUUAUUCUCAAAUACAAGGAGUUUUUAAUGAUUCAUUAGUAUUAGAAGAAAAAUUGAAAAAAAAUUUAGAACAAAUAAAUCAAUUAGAAAAUAGAAAACAAUCGCAAACAACAGCAAAUACUUCUUACGAGCAAUUUUAUGAUCAAACAUUAGUUUCCUUACCAAUACUGGUUUAUAAUCAAGAACAAGCUAGUGCAUUCAUGGCUCAUCAACGUACAAUAGAUACUCUUCUUUGUCUACCACAUACAAAUGAAUCAUUUACUGAAAUGAUUGAAGAAUUUCGUCGUAUAUAUAAUGAUAAUGAAAUAAUACUUGCUGAAAUUAAUACAUUCGAAGAAACUUAUAAUUCUAAUAUUGCUCUUCAAUGGUAUUCACGUGAUUCAUUUCUAUUUCGUAUAAUUAAUAGAGCACUUCGAUCAAGUGAUGUUGAUAUGAUGUUUAAAAUGCGACAUUUUCUUAUUGAUCUUUAUAUAGAACUUGAUAAUCUUUAUAAACAAACACAUACAUUUUAUUCUAGACCAAUAAUAGAAAAACUUUAUCGUGGUCAAUUAAUGUCAAAAAUUGAAUUUGAAUAUUUUAAACAACUUUCAGGAGAAAUUAUAUCAAUAAAUACAUUUUUAUCAACAACAACAUCAUUACAAAUAGCUCUUACAUUUGUAAAUAUAUCUUUAAAACAUAAUGAUUUUAUUCGAGUUUUAUUUUGUAUUGAAACAAAUCCAUCUAUUCAACAUAAAAGACCAUAUGCAAAUAUAUCAAAUUUUUCAAUGUUUACUGAUGAAGAUGAAGUUUUAUUUGCAAUGGGAAGUUUAUUUCGUAUUCUAUAUAUUGAUAAAUUAGAUCGAAUAAAUAAUAUUCCUGUUGUAUAUUUACGAAUGGUUGAUCAAAAAGAAAUUGACUAUAAUUUUCUUUCUUAA